AAAGGUCAAAAUGUUUUGUGCUAAUUGCUUUUUAAAUUCUCACAAAAAAAGAUGUAUAUCGUCGAAUGUACGCUUCGCAUAAUUCUUUAUAAUCUGCAAAUGGAUAUAUGAAACAUUAUCAGUUUAAACUUCCAGAUCACAAAACUACCUACCCAGUAAAGUGGUCAAUGGAAAUGGCGACUCCGAUCUAAAUCUCUGUUCUUUCUCGCUUCACCCAUCACCAGAAAAGAAAAGCUCUUCAAUAACGAGUCUUUUGUGGGUUUCUUUCAAACAUCUACCAGAAUCGUGUGAGGUUAUGGCACAAUUGGAACCUGCAAGUGCUGACAGGGAAUUAUUUCAAGUUUACAGUGGUGCAAGGAGACCUCGGAUACUCCUUGCUGCUAGCGGAAGUGUAGCUGCUAUAAAAUUUGCCAAUCUGUGUCACUGCUUUUCUGAAUGGGCAGAAGUAAAAGCAGUCGCAACCAAGGCAUCUAUGCAUUUUAUAGACACUACAUCACUUCCCAAGGACGUUACUCUUUACACCGAUGAGGAUGAAUGGUCGACUUGGAAGAAAAUAGGUGAUAGCGUACUGCACAUUGAACUUCGCAGAUGGGCUGAUAUUAUGGUCAUUGCCCCAUUGUCAGCAAACACACUCGGCAAGAUUGCCGGGGGAUUGUGUGAUAACUUGCUGACUUGCAUUGUACGGGCAUGGGACUAUAGUAAACCAUUUUUUGUGGCACCAGCCAUGAAUACUUUAAUGUGGAACAACCCUUUUACAGAACGCCAUCUUAUGACAAUUGACGAUCUUGGAAUUUCCCUUAUCCCGCCAGUGACAAAGAGGCUAGCCUGUGGAGAUUAUGGAAAUGGUGCAAUGGCUGAGCCUUCUCUCAUUUACUCAACCGUAAGGCUCUUCUUAGAGAAACGGGCACAAUCAAUUGGCAGAAAUAUUCAGUGAUGAAGAAAAAGGAGAGUAGCAGUAUUGCAAUUUUAUCUCUUGUAGAGACGACGAACAAUGUUUAAUUUGUUGUACAAAUGCUAGUUAUUUAGAACCUCCAACAAGUGCAGUUUGAAAUGGAUUUUCUCCUAUUUAUGUUACAUGGACCAAAGGAAUGCUGUGUUUUUAAUUUUAAUUCAAUGUUGCAU